AUCUCCACUGUGCAGCAGAGUGACUCAGUUUUAACAUAUAUACUUUCUUUUUAAAAUAUUCUUUUCCGUUAGGGUUUAUCUCAGGAUAUUGAAUAUGGUUUCCUGUGCUAUACAGUAGGAUUUUGUUGUUUAUCCAUCCUAUAUAUAAUUGACAUAAAUUCGAGCAAACCCUGGUAGAUAGUGAGGGACAGGGAAGCCUGGUGAGCUGCAGUGCGUGGGGUGGCAAAGAGUUGGACACGACUGAGCGACUGAGCUGAACUGAAUCCCAAUCUCCCAGUCUGUCCCUCUCCCUUAGUUUUCAAGAGCAGCUGGUCUUAACUCCGCUCACCUUCUCAGAACUCAGGCUCCCUGCCAGGAAGUGAGGCUGCAUGCUUGCAUGCCUGUGUGCGUAUGUGCAUGUUGUGAAAUCUGUACCACUUCUGUGACUGCUUUUCUGUUCUUUUCUGUUCCUCGCUAUGUUUAUCAAACAUUAUCGAGAACUUUUUGUGGGCUCAGUGUGUGCUGCACCCUCCCAGGGAGUGUGGGCUGUAAUCAGGAAGCCAAGGCAGGCCUGUGGCUCCCUGGACGUCCAAGGGCUGGGGCAGCACAAAAGCUCAGCCAUGUGUUCCGAGGAGGCAGCCCCUGGCAGUGAGGGGCGGUGGUCUUGGGAGGAGGGAAGGCCUGGGCUGGACCCCAUCUUAGACCUUUAGGUCCAUUCGUGGCAGGUCACUGCAUCCUACCUCAGCACAGGUUCCAGAAAGCUAAGGACAGGGUAGGGACGUGGACACAGUCUCAAGGUGAAGCAAGAGCCAGGUUCUGAGAGCCACAAGUGUCCCCAGUUCUCUGGGGAGCAGUUAAUCAGCGUUGUUCAUGGCCGUCUGCUGCCAGAAGGCGGAUGGCUUGAGGCCACUCAGAAGAAUUUCUUCUAGAACUUCUGAAGAGAGUGUUGGACUCAGUAUUAUCUAAAUUGUUUUUUCUUAAACAUUGUACUGCCUUUGAGAGCAGGGAGGCUGCCUUAUGUAACUGGACUGACAUGAAGUGGGCUCUGACCAGCUGCCCGAGGAGUGAAGUCAGGGCCCGUGUGGGACGCUCGGGUUCCUAGAGGGACACACAGCGUGCCUGACACCAUGUAGAAUGUCUUUCUUUCUCUCUCCUCACUCCCUCUGCUGUUCCAGCUUGCAUCUCUAACCUGACCCUGGCCACCCAGCCGGUGCGGCCUGUGCCCUGGAGGAAGAAGCAAGAAACAGUCUGUUAACAUCUUCUUGAGGAGCCAGAGGAGAUGCUAGAGGGUCUGACGGGGGCCGUGGAGCCCGCCAGUGGCAGGUGUUGGAUCACAGACACGGUGCCCUUUGCACAGCAUCUGUCCUCUCCCCGCCAAGGCAGGCGGGGCUCUCCGUGCCCCUGGAUGUGGGGCAUUUACGUUCACUGGCACCCCUGUCCUGCUUUGGUGCAGAGCCUGCCCUGGCUUGCGAUGUGUGUGCGGCUGACGUCUUGGGAAAUCCUGGAGCCGGGGUCUGAGGUGCCCCGUCAUUUUCUAGGAACAGGAAUAACUGGAGGUGCUGGUUGCCUGAGUGGUCCCACCUGUCAUGGGCUGAGCUUCGGAGCACCCAGUUAGACCUGGAGCAGAAACUCAAGUUGAAUGAAAAUGCCAUCUCCAGGCUCCAGGCUAACCAUAAAUCUGUCCUGGUAUCAGUGUCGGAGGUGAAGGCCGGGGUGGAGGAGCAGUUCGGGGAGCUCCGUGCUGCCAUGACAAAGGCCCAGGCCGACGUGAUGCUCUUCCUGGAGGAGAAGGAGCAAGCUGCCCUGGGCCAGGCCAAUGGCAUCAAGACCCACCUGGAGUACAGGAGUGCAGAGAUGGAGAAGGCCAGGCAGGAGCUGGACAGAAUCGCUGCCAUUGGCAGUCCCGUGCUGUUCCUGGAGGAGUACUGCAAGUUCAAGAACACGGAGGACAGCGCCUUCCCCAGCGUCUACAUAGGGCUCAAGGACAAGCUCUCGGGCAUCCACAAGGUCAUCACGGACUCCACUGCCCACCUGAUCCAGCUGCUGCAGAGCUACAAGGAGAAGCUCCAGGAGUUCUCCAAGGACGAGGAGUACGACAUCAGAACUCAGGUGUGUGCUGUCAUUGAGCACAGACAUCGGACCUCAAAACCCGAGCCCUGCACCAGGCCGCAGUUCCUCCAGUAUGCCUGUGAUGUUGUCUUCGACCCCGACACGGCACACAGGUACCUCCGGCUGCAAGAUGACAACCGCAAGGUCACCAACACGGCGCCCUGGGAGCACCCGUACCCCGACCUGCCCAGCAGGUUCUCACACUGGCGGCAGGUGCUGGCCCAGCAGAGCCUGUACCUGCACAGGUACUACUUCGAGGUGGAGCUCUCGGGAGAGGGCGUCUAUGUGGGCCUGACGUGCCAGGGCAUCGACCGCAAGGGCGAGGAGCGCAACAGCUGCAUCUCCGGGAACGACUUCUCCUGGAGCCUCCACUGGGAUGGGAAGGGGUUCAGGGCAUGGCACAGUGAUGUGGAGACCCUGCUCAGCGCCAACGCUUGCCGGAGGCUGGGGGUCUAUGUGGACUUCCCCGGCGGGGGCCUCUCCUUCUACGGCGUCGAGGCUGAGACCCUGACACUGCUGCAUAGGUUCCAGUGUAAGUUUUCGGAGCCCAUCUACCCAGCCUUCUGGCUUUCCAAGAAGGACAGUGCCAUCCGGAUUGCGGAUCUGGGAGAGGAACCUGAGAAGCCAGGGACAGCCCUGGUGGAGUCUGCUGCCUAGAUGCUGAUCCAGGUCUCAGACCUGUGCUGACACACAGACAGGUGGCAGUUUUCAUUGGAAGACUGACUGGGGGUCCCUGCCAGCACCUGCUGGCUUUAGAAAUUGUGUGAGGAUGAGGGGAAGGGUCUCUGGUCACUGCCUGGGCGCCUCACUGCACUGGUCCCUGUGUUUGCAGUAAUCCUCAAACCCUAGGUCCCCCUCACCAUCUUCUUAUGAUCUUGUCCUGUCUGCUUGGGUGGACCGCACACUGUGCCCAGAGUUGGUCACCAGGAAACCUUAGAGCGAUCAGAAAGACUGCAGAGGAAUCAUAACCAAUCGCUAACCUUGUCUUACUCCUGCGUCCCCUGUUCUGAGCGCCUCCUGGGCCUCAGCCCUCGUGACCCUCUCGGCAGCCCCAUGGGGAGGUGCUCAACCACCCCCACUUGGCAGAUGGACAGGCUGCGGUCCAGGGGGUUAGUGAACUCACUCAGGGUCACUGUGGUCAUGUGGAGAGUGAGUGGCCGAGCUGGGAUUCAAACCUGACAUCGAACUUCUAACCACCACCCCGCACUGCCCUCCUCCUUAGAUCACAGGUGUGUGUAAGGGAAUAAACUACAAGGUGAACUGCAUUUGUGAGCAUGGAGAGUCUGACAGCCUCAGUGGCUUUUUGUGCCCACGUCUGAUGGGCCUUGCAGCUGUGCUGUGAUGGAGAGCUCACUACCUCACAGGCAGCUCUCCUGGCUUGGGCACAGCAAGAACUCAGGACUGUCUUCAUAGGGUCCACAUCCUAGUCCCUGUGACCUCGGCAGAUGGCCCUAGCACCUCUCUUCUGGAGCCACCUGGAUGGUGGGGACGUGUCUAAUUCCUUAUCCAGCGGUCAGUUGUCUACACACUUAGGGGUAGCUCUCAUGGGUCCCCCAGGAAUAUGCGUGUUUUCACAUCCUAUUUGCCAGUUUCCUUGUGGUUUCCAGAUCUUUUACCCCUCUGAUCACUUUUUCUUCCUUUCGACAGAUUGUUCCCUAUAAUUAAAGGUUCCUUAGUCCUUGUUCUUGCUCAAUAGUGUCUGACUCUGCGACCCCAUGGACUGUAGCCUGCCAGGCUCCUCUGUCCAUGGGAUUUCCCAGGCAAGAAUACCAGAGUGGGUUGCCAUUUUCUUCUCCAGGGGAUCUCCCUGACUUGGGGAUUGAAUCCGCAUCUCAUGUGUCUCCUGCAUUGGCAGACGAUUCUUUACUGACAUCAAACCUUUAGGCAAAUGACAAACUGUAUCUCAAUAGGUUUCUGAGGACAUAACCUGAAGUCCCUUCUGGGACUCACUGGAAAUAUAACUUCUGGGUCUUUUCCAUGACCUGUGUCAAGGCAAGCCUCUUCCUCUUUGUCCUAUCUGGUCAUCCUGUCUCAAGAGCACAUUAUUUCAGCAUCACUUGACUUGUUUCCGGAGACCCUGUCAGACAUUUGAAUCAUAGGAUUUACACAGUGUAGGAUUUUAAUUUUCAAACUGAAUUUAAAGUUUUUGAAUUUUAUUGACUUUUAAAAAAUUUGAAUUGUAAAACUCAUCACAUCACUGCUGCUUGUGGAGAUAGAUUUGUUUCAUGAUCCUACCAGGUUAUAACAGCUCUCCUUCCUAUCCUGCAGAAAUUGGUGACCUUUUCGUAAAUCUUACUCUUGUUGAUACACAAAUUUGUUAGAGUCUUGCAGUCGUCAGUCAAUACCUUUUGGUUUUAGUUAUUCAAUAAGUCAUGCAUCAGUGUGGGACUUCCUUGGCAGUCCAGUGGUUAAGACUUCGCCUUCCAAUGCAGCGGGUGCGACUUCAGUCACUGGUUGGAGAGCUAAGAUCCCACAUGCCUCGUGGCCAAAAAACCAAGACAUAAAACAGAAGCAAUAUUGUAACAUUCAAUAAAAACUUUAAAAAUGGUCCACGUCAAAAAAAAUCUUUUAAAAAAGUUAUGCAUGCGUAGAACUCUUCGAUAAUGUAGUCCACCUCUGCACCUUUAUGCACUGGACACCAUGAAGGACUUUUUCAACGCCAAAGGCCAAGAUACGCUAUGUCAGCACUUCCUUCUAACAGUGCUCUGAAAGGAGAAAAUGAGAUCAGCUUGGCCACUGUGUUUUUUUUAAACCCCCGUAGGUUGUUGAUGCUUCUUCCCUAAAUGCUCACAAACUAUUUGAUAAAGCAUUUUAGAAUUCAGGGACAAAUUCACAUCGAGUCUGCUGUCUCUAGAAUCCACCUUAUUUUUCUUUUAAAAAAUCUAGACAAUUUUGCCUGUCUCCAUCCUCCAGCAUUCUCCCUAGUUCUCAAAAUUUACUGCCUGGGUUUCAGUCACAUUGGUAAAUUGUGUCAGUGUCAUGAGAUGUCAUUUGUUUAGGCCACACUCAGACUCAUAAAAGGAACCCUCUGGGUGUCUCCUCACCUGUCUUCAAUACCAGCUUCUCUUUUCGUUCACUUGUUAAGGGCUUCCCUAGUGGUUCAGGGGUGAAGAAUCUGCCUGCAAUACAGGAGACACAGGUUCGAUCCUGGGGUCAUGAAGAUCCCCUGGAGGAGGAAAUAACAACCCACUCCAGUGUUCCUUGCCUGAAAA